AUGGUUUCGCAUCUGGGUGUUUCGGGCCUUUUGGCCCGCGCGCGGCUACGGGCUGUUCCAUGGACGCUGGCAACGAGGCCGCAGGUCCAGAAGAUCCAUAGCUCAGAUGAAGACGAUUACGGUGUGAGGAAGGCGAAGCUGGGAUGGUUUCGGGCUGUGCUCACCGGGUCGGUGGGCGCACCAUGGCAGCGUGGAUGUGCAGCUGACACACUGUCGCUGGCUUUCUCCGAGGAGCUGGACAAAACCUUGUACAUGUUGCUCAAAUACAGAGUGGAUCUGGACAAUCUGGCCAAAGAGUUCGCUGCGGGUACAAUGAUGCAGUGCCCAUUCAGCCAGGGGUUGAUCGCGGAGGGCCGCGAGCUUCUUUUCUGCACGCUUGAGGCCAGGCAGUGCAAGCUUCCUGUGCGUGAACAGACUGCCGGACAGCCUUUCUUUCUUGCAGCGAUCGCGGAACUGUUGCGAGUGGCUGGCGAUCCUGACUUUAGAGCUUUCUUGUCUUCCAAGUUCUCUUGUGCUAAGGGUGUGUGUCUUGGUGUCGGCCUUAAGACACCUCGACGAGUGCCCGCAGUCUUUGAGAAGAAGACAAAGUGGCGGUCAUAUUCGGAGGAGGAUUGUCUGGAGACCAGCCGAGCCAAGCUGGGUGCAAUACUGGAGUUGUCUGUAGAGGAAGCCCAGGCUAGAUACGGCAAGAAUCUUGCCGUUGCAUCCCUCGGUGCCUUUGAGAACAAGGACGGUUUCCACCGGGUGGUGCAUGACGGGACGCACGGCUUUGCAGUGAAUACCAGCAUCAAGAUGAGAGAUGAGCUGCGUUCUCCAACAGCAGGUGUUCUCAAGACGUCCAUGAGAACUUUGCAGCGCGCGAUCUUCGGGCUUUUUGGUGAUGUGAAAAGGGCGCAUCAAGAUUUCCCAGGAGGACUGGGGCUUGCUCGCGUGCCGGACAGGUGCACGUGGGCGUAA